CGCACUCUGACCGUCAACGGCAAGGACUACAUCGUCAUGAAGCAGAUCGGCCGCGGUGGCUCCAGCAAAGUCUACCAGGUGUUCGACAGCGACAUGCGCUCGCUGGCCAUCAAGCAGGUGUUCCUGGAGAGCGCCGACGACGCCACGGCCAGCGGCUACAAGAACGAGAUCGCGCUGCUGCGGACGCUGCAGCACUCGGACCGCGUGGUCCGCCUGUUCGACUGCGAGCACCGCGAGGACCGACAUAUGCUCUACAUCGUGAUGGAGAAGGGCGACACGGACCUGACAGCCCUGCUCCGCUCCUACACCAAGCUCAACGAGGUGGACGCCAACAUGUGCAAGUUCUUCUGGGGCGAGAUGCUGCGCUGUGUUGACGUGAUACACAAGGAAGGCAUCAUCCACUCGGACCUGAAGCCGUCCAACUUCCUCAUGGUGGCCGGCCGGCUAAAGCUCAUCGACUUCGGCAUCGCCUCGCAGAUCCAGUCCGACUGCACCAGCAUCAUCAAGGACACCCAGGUCGGCACCUUCAACUACAUGAGCCCCGAGGCGAUCGAGGCGCAGCAGGUCACCCGUAACGGCUCCUCCCAGACCGCCAUCAAGAUCAGUCGCCGCUCAGAUGUGUGGAGCCUCGGCUGCAUCCUUUACAACUUCGUGUACGGCAUCACGCCGUUCGGCAACAUCAAGCAGGUUAUGGGCAAGCUGAUGGCGAUCAUCAACCCGAAGCACAGCAUCGAGUUCGGUCCGCUGUCAGACUGUCACCUGCUGACCGUGCUGAGGAGCUGCCUACAGCGGGACCCGUACCGGCGGCCGAGCAUCGACGAGCUGCUCAGCGACCCGUACCUGACCGGCUGUCGGUGUCAGUGCCAGCGGUGAGGGCCGGCGUCGCCACCUCGGCCAGUCGAGUCAGCGCCGCCGGGCGAGAGCGGAUCUUGCCGCACCUGUACAAAGCCGGCCCGCCUCUGGCGCGUGGGCGCAGAGGCAGCGGUGAGACCUUGUUGAUGCUGUCCAGGCUGGCCCGCGCGGCCGACCAGAACGUUAUUGUGCGGCACAUGAUCUGGGAGUUGGCCGGGCUCGCUUCACUCUAGUGCAUGUAGCCAGCCGUGGUCUGUAUAAUACUGUGUGGCUUCGCCAGUAGUGUGCAUCCAUCGUCUGUCAGUGUGUAACUCGAAUGCCUACGUGCUUACGCCUAACAAAACAGCGCUGCGAUCAGAGCAGAGACUGCACUGCGCUGUAUCUUUAUCAAUAA